GGGGACUGCAGGAUCCCGCCCGACGCGGCCCCCUCAGAUGUGGGUUGUCAGUGCCGAGGCCACUUUUAAAAUGUGUGUAAUUCUGUGAAGGAGAGGGCCCUCGGUUGGACAGGUUUCUGGAUGUGUCUCUAUCUGUAUACCCGGAACCAGGCAGCCCUAACUUACCUGGCGUUAGGAAAGCAGCGGAACCGCUCUCCAGAUCACGUGCCCUCCCCCGGAGCGCGCCCAGCAGCCUGGCUGUGGAGUGGCGGGGCCAGGUCCACCACUGCUGCCUUCAGAGCCAGCCCCAGCUUCCGGGGGUAUGACCAGGAGCAAAAACAGCCCUGCUUCCAUGCACCUGACCGUCUAGCGGGGAAAGACAUAACAGGGAAACAGGCAAGCAGCUGUGAAAACGCUGCCUCGGUCUGAUUUCUGUUGCUAUUAACGGAACACCUGAGACUGGGUAACUUACAAAGGACAGAGAUUGAUUUGGCUGACAGUUCUGGAGGCUGGGAAGCCCAAAAGCAUGAUGCUGGCACCUGGCAGGUGCAGGACAGGGCUGCUACAGCAAAUGCACACUGGCUCACAGACCCACCUGGCUCACCCACUCUAUGAUAAUGGCAUUAAUCCGUUCAUGACGGCAGGACCGCCCCCAACACUGCUAUGUUGGGGAUUAAGCUUUCAACACAUGGACUAUGAGGGAUCCACUCAAACCAAGGCCUGGUAUAACAGGGUUGGCGAGCUACCAUCUGGACAAGUACAAGGUCACCAGAGGAAGCACAUGUGGCCUUCAGAAAGGCCUCACACAGAAGCUGCCAGGCCAAAAGAUUUUUUGGAACUGAAAGACUUCAGCUCAUGAAGUUGAAGCAAAAGAAAGUUAAGCAGCGUGGGGUUCCAGACUAGGGCAGAGAGGUGCCCAGGGGAAGAUCAUGCAUUGCCUUGCGGGGUUGCGAACGGAAUAACAGGGUUAGAUUUCCAUGUUUACUUUGCUCUGGCUACUUUGUAGGGGAAGCCAGCGAGGCAGCUGCUAGCGAGGUCCGGGGAGGGGUGUCUUGGACUGGGGUGGUGACAGUUAAGGGAGUGAUCUGGGUGCAUGUUGAGAUGUACUGAGUGGUAAAAGUCCCAGAACUUUGUGAGGGUGCAGAUGUGGAGGGUGAGGGAUGGGAGUCUCAAGAACGUCUCCACAGAUAAUUGGCGAAGAUGCCAGGUUACUACCUGCAGUAUCGGGGAGAGUGGCUUGGCUGACCUUGUCCCUGUUAGAUUGGGUUUGGUGCAAUAUCAAGUUGAAAGCUGUAGAAGAGACAUGAAUAGAAGAGUCCUUGUCCUAGUUUGUUCGCUGGGGCCAGACCCUAGCACCACCUUUAACACAACUGUCAGACCAGCUUCAGGCUGAGAGAAACAAGAAUGUUACCCAGGCUCCAUCACUGGGUGUGUUCAUGGAAGCCUUCCCUGUGUUGGCAAAUUUGAGAUAGUAUUUUGAAACCUAGUUGUUAUUCCUUUGGAGGUGAUCAGUUUCUCACAGGAAACAGAAUUUCACAGUUGGAGGAGACCUCAAAUCCAACCCAGUUUAUAAAUACUGUAUGUUGAGUACGCCAUUUCUAUAGUGCAUCACGCCAGACACCAGGUGCAGAGAUGAACAGAAAUGAGAAGUGCACGUUCCUUUAGUCAGUACAACUGACUGAGCACCUUUGUGCCAAGCAGUUUCUGCUGCUCUGGAUGCAAACUGACUACAACCAGUCCGUAACUUAGAGUAGCACUUCUACAGCCUCAUCACUGAGAACAACUAAGCGUAUUGAGAGGUUUGAUUUGGGCAGAGAUCCUGACCUAUCAUAUCAGGAUGACCUCCAUCUUGCGAAGCCCUCAGGCUCUCCAGCUCACUCUCGCCCUGAUUAAGCCUGAUGCAGUUGCUCACCCACUGAUUCUGGAGGCUGUUCAUCAGCAGAUUCUGAACAACAAGUUCCUUAUUGUGCGAAGGAGAGAACUCCUGUGGAGAAAGGAAGACUGCCGGAGGUUUUACCAAGAGCACGAAGGGCGCUUUUUCUACCAGCGGCUGGUGGAGUUCAUGGCCAGUGGGCCCAUCCGAGCCUACAUUCUUGCCCACAAGGAUGCCAUACAGCUUUGGAGGACACUGAUGGGACCCACCAGAGUAUUUCGAGCACGCCACAUAGCCCCGGAUUCCAUUCGUGGGAGUUUUGGCCUCACUGACACCCGCAACACCACCCAUGGCUCAGACUCCGUAGCUUCAGCCAGCAGAGAGAUUGCAGCCUUCUUCCCUGACUUCAAUGAGCAGCGCUGGUAUGAAGAGGAGGAGCCCCAGCUGCGCCGUGGCCCCGUGCACUACAGUCCAGAGGGAGGCAUCCAUCAUGCAGCCAGGCCAGAAAGUCCAGGCCCAGCCUGAUGGAGGCCUCAGUCCAGGAAGACCUCUGACUCAAAACAGGAGGACCAGGGCAGCCUGAGCUCCAGGUACCCUCUCUGCUGGGCACACCACCUGCCAGAGGGCCUGGCUCAUCGCUGCUCACCCUGCAGUCUGGCUCUCUAUCUACCUCUUCUCUAGAGCUUGUCCAAUCGCCUUGCCUAAAAAUGCAGAGCGCACUUGGGCUCUCUUCCUCAAUAAAAGUCAGUGUUCUGCCGAA